AGAUGGAUGCAAAGCGCCCCACCGACCUGACUAUCAGCGUGUGGCUAGACUUGAGAGACUGUUGGUUCACGGGGUCGUAUACGACAAAUAGUGGUAGCAAUUAUCACUCGUCUGAGUCGGUCGAAGUAGGUAGUGACGGCCUGUGUGGUUGCCCCACCUUUAUCCGGCCGUGAUGACUAAGCCAGUUGUCCCACUUCGCCCAGGGCAGGUGCCAGCCAGCCCAUGGUACCUGCCUAUUACUCCUUAUCAGCCUUUGCUGUUCCAACACCAGGAUACUUUGAUGGGGCGGGCCUAAAGCUUCCUCGUCUCAAGACCCUGGACCUGGGAAACUUCGUCAUCAGCAACAACCGCCACUUCGACUGGGUUCUCUCGCAGAACUCGCUGGAGACUUUACGUUUGGACAGCUGUUCUAUUGUCUCUCACAUUAACAUUGACACCGAGCCUACGGAGAAAUGGAAUCUCCACAAGGAAGACUGGCAGCGUCUACUCAGAGGCUCUUACGGUAUCUCUUAUGGUGGUGCCGAGAUCCACAGGUUCGAUGGCACAUGGGAGGUUGUUUUUGAUAAGAUCCGUAACAGCCUUCCCUACCUGAAAGACUUUCGCUUUGACAAUGAUCCCAACGGACUUCACCUUCUUCGUCCGACCAGGAUUGGAACUGUGCUGUAUCCUUCUCGAUACAUUAAUUUCGACAUGGGAAUGUGUCCCAGUCCAUGGUUAUUGGCGGACAGUGAGACUGAUAAGAUGGAGUUUGGAGACAAUGAUCUCGGUCCCGAUGACGACAGCGAUGAUGACGAAUCAUCUAUGAACCGCUCAAAAGAAACAAAGGAGGGCGACGCUAGAGCAUUCAGAGAUCUUUUCAGUGCCUGCCGUGGGAGGCAUGAGUACCUAGUGUAAGAAUGACGGCAGGUCUAAACAUGUUGGUAUACACGUCAGCAGGGCAACCGUACGGUUGGAACGAAGUGUCAAUAAUGGUCUAUUAUUGCU